GGAAAAGACUCAUUAGCUUUUGAAUGACAACAACAACAAAAAUAACCUCAAUAAUUAUUUUUUUGCUUGCUAAUUUAUGUACCGUUGUUAUCAUAUAUAAACAAUUUGUAUUUUCUUUAAUUUAUUGGCAAAGAAUGGCUUCUAAAGAAGGAGGUGAAAAAACAAAAAGCGGUUCGGGAGCGGGAGAUAAUAAAGAGAAGCGAAGGAAGGAGUCUAUCCUCGAUCUCAGCAAGUACUUAGAAAAAAGUAUUCGAGUAAAAUUUGCUGGAGGACGUGAAGCUGCUGGAAUACUAAAGGGAUAUGAUCCUCUUUUAAAUCUUGUUUUAGACAAUACCACAGAGUUUCUCAGAGAUCCUGAUGAUCCAUAUAAACUCCUUGAUGAUACAAGAGCACUUGGUCUAGUAGUCUGCAGGGGUACUUCAGUAGUAUUGAUUUGUCCCGUGGAUGGCAUGGAAGCAAUACCUAAUCCAUUCAUUACACAAGAAGGAUAAUCUUAGUUAUAUUUUAUAUUAGUACUGUAAGACAUAAAAAUAAGUACACAUUAAGAAUUCUAAAACAAUAUGUUUUAUUCAUAAAUUUUAUUUUAGAGGAGUUCACAAACAACAAAAAUAGUUACAUAUUUAGAAUUUUUUAAAGUAUUUU